AUGUGCGGAAUCCAGCUUUCACGUACAACCGCCCACCAACCAGCAGCAAACGGACUCGUGGAACGCUUCCACCGGACGCUGAAGGCAGCCAUCAUGUUCCACGCGGACCAACAGUGGACUGAGGCGCUUCCCCUGGUACUCGUCGGAAUCCGCACUGCUUUCAAGGAGGACCUGCAAGCAUCGGACCUAACACGCCGGGAACUGGAGCCCCCCUACACCGGCCCCUACCAGGUCCUGUCACGGAGAGAGAAGACGCUGCAACUCCUCGUGCGCGGAAAGCACGUCACUGUAUCAGCCGACAGAGACAAGCCAGCCUACAUCCUGCAAGAGACCGACCGCGGAACUAGCAUCAACCCACCAGCCGCAGCCACACCGACCGUAGGACCACCUGCCAUCACAACACAGUACCCUACAAGAACUACACGCUCCGGGCGCCACAUCCAUUUACCCGCUCGCCUGAAAUUAUGA